AUGUCGGGUGUUAGCGUCUUGCGUUUUCUUCUUGCAUGUGGUAAGAUCAAGCGGACGGUGCGAGCGGGUUGGACACGCCACGGAGUGAAUGAGCCAGAGAAUGUGGUGGACCACAUGUACCGUAUGGCUCUUCUUUCUGCUCUCCUGCCCUCGACGGAGGACUUCAAGCCAGACAAGGUGAUGAAGAUGGCUAUCAUUCACGACCUGGCAGAAUGCGUUGUUGGUGACAUCACUCCCUUCUGUGGAAUCUCUGUGGAGGAGAAACAUGCUCGGGAAGAGGCUGCCCUCAUCUCCCUGUGCAAAGAGCUACCCUCAGAAUUGGGCAACGAACUGGUCAGUUUAUGGAAGGAGUAUGAGGAGAGGAAGACGCCGGAGGCGGUGGUGUGCAAGGAUUUGGACAAGUUUGAGAUGAUCUUGCAGGCAUACGAGUACGAAUUGGAGGCGCAGAAACCGGGUUGGCUGGAGGAGUUUUUCACGGCUACUGAGGGCGUUUUCACUUACCCUUGUGUGCGCGAGUGGGUCGCUGCGCUGCUGCAACUUCGAAAUGCUUCCCUGGGAGAGGGAGGUAGGAAGGAGUGA